AUGGUGGUAAUAAGCAAACCAGUAUUCGAUGCCUAUUGCAAAGAAGUGCCAUGUUACACAUUGGUACAUCCAUGGACCAAAAGCUGCCUAAGAGCAUCUCCAACUAUUUUCAAAGCAUGUCUUAUAGGAAGUGUUAAAUUCUUCGCGUUCAUUUAUCUUGGGCAACUUUUGAUGCAAGGGAAAAAAUUGAAGAAAAAAGAACAAUGGAUCAAAAUUGGCAAAGAUUAUGGGAGGUCUGUCGUUACAGGUGUGUUGGUCUCAGUCUCAGGGAUGCAGCUAGUCUGUUUGUUGAGAAAUUUACUAGGUAGAUUUGACUACCAUUUCUUCUUAUCGAUACCUUUUGCUUUAAGUGGCAUAUUUUUGACAUUGGAAUCACCUAGUAGAAGACAAUUGAUUACAAAUUUCUAUAGCAAUUUGGUGAUCGAGUACUGCUUAAAAUAUCUAAAUAGAGCUGGAUUUAUAUCUAUAACUAAAACAAAAGAAGUGCUAUUGUUUAUGAUAGGCAACUCUCUGCUGCUGUACUUAAUCCGCUUAGAAACAGUGAAGAAAGAAAGAAGUUCGAUUUUAUGGUUAAUUGUUCCAGAAAAAGUCAGGCAAAAAUCUUAUGGAUCUGAGAAUGUAUGUCCACACGACGGAGAAUGUAAGAAUUAUAUAAUGAAGAAUAUGUCUACUUACUUUGGAAUUGGACUUGCCGUUUCUCUAGCCAAGGUAUUAAUUCCACGGUUUAAAACUCCAAUCAAGGCUAUAUCUUCAAUAAGCGGCAGACAUUUUAAGUUGGCUUUGUUCCUUAGUAGCUAUGUUGGCAUUUACAAAACAUUAAUAUGCUAUCUCUGCCGCAGAAAUAAGUAUGACUCGGCAAUGUAUGCCUUACCAGCUGGAUGCUUGGCGGGAUUAUCAAUGCUUUUCAAUCCAAAUUUAGCAUUAUCAAUUGCAUCUUUCACGGCAGCAUUUAAGUUAUAUUCAACGACAUUAUAUGAGAAGAAUUUUCUGCCUUCAAGCAUACCUUUACCUUUGAUACUGUUUUGUGUAUGUCAGGGCACGCUAUACAGUGUUAGAAUGUUAGAUUCUGAAAUAUCCCCACGCUACAUGUUUUACCUUAUGAACACCGCCUCCAAUGGAUUAUCCGAUUCAUUGUUUAAGUCUUUCUGCGAAACCUUUAUAAAUUAA